GUUACAGAGGUAAUAGAAGUGAGCCAGCCGGGCUACAUGGGCUCAGGAAACAAGUGACAGAGGUUAAAGAAGGGCCCUAGGAACUUAGGAGAAAGCAAGCAAGGAUGCAUGUGCCUGGGGUAAGGAGGGGGGAGGUGCAGGUGUGUUCCAGAGAAAGGGCAUGGCGCUGGGGGAAGGGGGGCACAGGUGCGAUGGAGAGUGUGGGAUAGAGAGGUGAGCUGGGUCCUCUGCCUGGGGCUUUUCUCCCCUCUCCAAAGGCAGGGAUCUUAGGGGAGGUCCCAGGGGAGGAUCUCAAUGAGAAUAUUCACCAGCUUUUCCAGGUGUGUCCUUUCAGGGUCGUGGUCUCUAUUGGUCGGUGCCAGGGGAGGGAGUCAUUACUCCUGGCAGCUGGUCCUGUCAGCCAUGGUGUCACCCCACCUGGCCUUGCUGCUUUUCUGGGCCUGGGGCUGAGACACAACUGAGAUCCAGAUGUUAUCCCUGGGGGUUAAUGCUUAUGGGGGCGGUUGAGCAAGGGCCCGCAUGGGAGCCGCAUGAGGCCAUUCUUUGAUCCCUUGCUCCUCCUCCAAGGGGGUCUACCACGUGACUGGCAACGCGUCAGGGGAGGAAAGGUCAAGGGAAGGUCCAAGUCCCAUGGCCAGCAAUACGAAAGGUCAGGGGGUCUAAACCGCGACACCAGGGGAGGAAGCUUAUCCUGGGGGAGGUCCUUGUUGUCCCAGUUUUGCCCGUUGCCAGGCUCCUGGAGGUGUCCUGCCCUGGUGACCUUCUGCACCUGGCCCAUCGUCCUUGCUCUACUGCUGUCUGUCUGCCUCACCCGGUGGCACACACGAUGUGCGGGGACUGUCUUCCCACUUCAUAGGCAUGCUCUCCCUUAACCCUCACACCCAUCCUGGAGGUGAGACCACCUUUCCUCCACUCUGCAGAGUGGGAAACCGAGCCCCAGAGAGGAGCCCGAGCCCAGGUUCAAGCCCAGGCAGGCUGGCCCUGUGUGAACAUCCUUAACCGCCAGGCUGGUGCCUCCACACGUGUAAUUUCCUUCCAGGCAGCGGCGGCUGUGGCCAUUUUGGGUGAGGAGGGGUGUGACUGCCAGUGAGGCCAGCUGGUGGGGGGAGGAGCCCGGAGAGCAGGCCUGGCUGAGAGCCUCCAGGUUGGUGUCUGGGCUUAGCAGGCUGAGCCCAGGCCUGCCCUGACCCCUCCCCGCCAGCCUCAGGUCCUUGGGGACCCUCCUGCGGCCUGAAGCAUCCCCCACUCCUCUGCCUCCACCCCUACUCCUGUGGUUGGCCCAAAUACCAGACAGGGUGAAUCUUAGCUUUCCCCCAAACAUUCCUUGCUCCCGUAGCCCGGCCCAAGCUGGCGGAGGUUACGCAAGCAGAGCUGGGGGGGUGGGGGUGGGGAGCCAAGAGGACAGGCUGGCCUUUUCUCACCACCCCAUCCAUCAGCCCACCCACCCUCCCCAAAACAGGCAAGGGGGUAGGACAGCGCUCUUGAGCCCCGGGGGAACAGCCUGCAGGGAGGGUGGCCUGUGCCAGGAGAUGGGGGGCGGUGGCGGCCACAGCAGAGGCUCCAGGAGGUGACCGCCUGGUUUCCAUUAGGAAGCCCUGGUCGGCAGUUCGGGCAAGACAGCUGAACUGGGGCUGGCUAUGGUGAGGUGGGGUGGGGGAAGGUAUGAGGGUGAGGCCGGCCUGGGAUGCUCCUGUCGCCAUGGCGACAGGGUGCCCAACCUGGCUAUGCCCUGACCUGUCCCUCCACUCCCAGCGGCUGAGCCUGCUGCUGCUGCUCCUGCUGCUGCUGGGCCCCCCAACUACCCCCGGCAUGGAGGACCCUGCUUUCCCCCACAUGGGGGAGAGCUCGCUGCCCCCACCCCGGGCCUGCCCCCUGCGCUGCUCCUGCCCCCGGGCUGACACCGUGGACUGCGAUGGCCUGGACCUGUGGCUGUUCCCCCACAACAUCACCAGGGAGGCUCAGCACCUCUCCCUGCAGAACAACCAGCUGCAGGAGCUCCCCUACAAUGAGCUGUCCCGCCUCAGUGGUCUUCGAACCCUCAAUCUGCACAACAAUCUCAUCUCCUCUGAGGGCCUGCCCGAUGAGGCCUUUGAGUCCCUCACCCAGCUGCAGCAUUUCUACGUGGCCCACAACAAGCUCUCGGUGGCCCCCCAGUUUCUGCCUCGUUCCCUCCGAGUAGCGGAUCUGGCUGCCAACCAAGUGACGGAGAUCUUCCCACUCACCUUUGGGGAGAAGCCGGCGCUCAGGUCUGUGUACCUCCACAACAACCACCUGAGCAACGCCGGCCUGCCCCCCGAUGCCUUCCACGGCUCUGAGGCUGUCACCACCCUUAGCCUCUCCAACAACCGGCUCAGCUACCUGCCGCCCAGCCUGCCACCCUCUCUGGAGCGGCUCCACCUGCAGAACAACCUCAUCUCCAAGGUACCCCGAGGAGCCCUGAGCCGCCAGACCCACCUCCGUGAGCUCUACCUCCAACAUAACCAGCUGACAGACAGUGGCCUGGAUGCCACCACCUUCAGCAAACUGCACCGCCUCGAGUACCUGGACCUGUCCCACAAUCAGCUGGCCGCGGUGCCUGCCGGCCUGCCUCACACCCUGACCGUGCUGCACCUGGGCCGGAACCGCAUCCAGCAGGUGGAGGCAGCCCGGCUUCGUGGGGCACGGGGAUUGCGCUACCUGCUGCUUCAGCACAACCGGCUGGGGGCAGCGGGGCUGCCGGCAGGGGCGCUGCGGCCUCUGCGGGGCCUGCACACGCUGCAUGUCUAUGGGAACAGGCUGGAGCGUGUGCCCCUGGCGCUGCCCCGCCGCCUGCGGUCCCUGGUGCUGCCCCACAACCGUGUGGCUGCACUGGGUGCCCGAGACUUGGCAGCCACACCACGCCUGGCCGAGCUCAACCUGGCCUACAACCACCUGGUCAGUGCCCGCGUGCACCAUCGGGCCUUCCGCCGGCUGCGUGCCCUACGCAGCCUUGACCUGGCCGGCAACCAGCUGACUCGGGUGCCCUCUGGUCUACCCACUGGCCUGCACACCCUGCGGAUGCAGCGCAACCAGUUGCGGGCCCUAGAGCCCGAGCCGCUGGCCGGCCUGGACCAGCUGCGAGAGCUCAGCCUGGCACAUAACCGACUCCGAGUGGGCGACAUUGAGCCCGGCACCUGGCAUGAGCUGCAGGCCCUCCAGGUCAGAGGUUGGCUGGUUAGCCACACUGUCCCCAUGGCCCUUCCAUCCCCUGCUAGCCCAGGUCCUCCUCCACAAGGCCCUUGGAUGAUACCACAAAAAGAGCCCUCCAUGGGGGGCUAGCCCUGGGGUAGAUAAGACAGAUUCAG